AUAUAUACACGCAAAUGCAUACAAAAUUGAUAAUUAUCGGUGAUAUACAAAUAUUAUGAGAAAUUAUACUUGGACAAAGUUCAUGAAAUACAUAAUCUUAGAAAUAGUCGAUUUUUAAUUUUAUAAAAUUUGAACCACCGACUAUCUAAUUUUGGAAUAGAGUUGCGUUGAGUGACUCGAGUCGACCAAAAAGAGCGCGAACGUCUCUGGCAUUUUAUUUUGCAGAUUUCUUCUUCUUCUUCGCUCUCUCUCUCGCUCGCUCUAUCUCAGAUUUGCCUACGAACAUUCAGAUCUCAAAGUAAUGGAAGAAGUCGACGAAACAGAUGCCGAACAUCAGGUCUAUAUGGCGUGCAUCAUGCAUGGUCGAAGAGUUGGAAUCUCUUAUUACGAUUCCAGUAUAUGUCAACUUCAUGUUCUGGAGUUCUGGGAAGAUGACAAUGAAAAUUUUCCCUUGGUUGAGAUGGUGAAAUAUCAAGCCCAACCUUGCAUCAUCUAUACUAGCACUAAGAGUGAAGAAUCCUUCUUAGCUGCUUUACAAAAAAAUGAUGGGACAGCUGAAGCUCCAACAGUAAAGCUUGUAAAAAGUUCAUUAUUCAGCUACGAGCAAGCAUGGCACAGAUUGAUAUAUCUGCAAGUUACUGGAAUGCAUGAAGGGCUGAACAUCAAGGAAAGGGUUUCUUUUCUUAGUUCCAUGAUGGACGUCCGAAGUGAUGUUCAAGUUCGUGCCAGUGGGGGUCUUCUUGCCAUAUUAGAGAAUGAGAGGAUAGUAGACACCCUUGAACAGAUGGAAAGUGGAAACCCAUCAAUUGCAAUCAAUUCAGUUUCUGAGAUUUCACUAAACAAUUUCCUCAAAGUUGAUUCUGUUGCCCACGAGGCAUUGCAAAUUUUUCAGACUGACAAGCAUCCGAGCCAUAUGGGCAUUGGCAGAUCAAAGGAAGGGUUCUCUGUAUAUGGGAUGAUGAAUAAGUGUGUAACGCCAAUAGGGAGACGUCUUUUAAGGAGCUGGUUCCUGAGGCCCAUACUGGACCUUGAAAAGUUGAAUAUUCGUCUCGAUACCAUAUCUUUCUUUCUUUGCGCUGAAGAAUUGUUGGUUUCUUUGCGUCAAACAUUAAAGUCUGUGAAAGAUAUUCCUCACAUACUCAAGAAAAUCAACUCUCCAAGUUCUGUUUGCACAAGUAGUGACUGGACUGCAUUGCUAAAGAGCAUAUGUUCACUGCUGCACAUCAAUAAGAUAUUUGAAGUAGGCAUUUCUGAAACGCUUCGAGAGCAAUUGAACCAUUUAAACUUGGAUGUCAUCGAGAAGGCUGGUCUUUACAUCUCCAUGGAUCUGGCUUAUGUAUAUGAACUGGUAAUUGGAGUUAUAGAUGUAAAUCGAAGUAAGGAAAAAGGCUGGGAGACAAUAGUGAAAGAUGGUUUCUGCGGGGAGUUGGAUGAGCUACGGCAGAUAUAUGAGGAAUUGCCCGAAUUUCUGGAAGAGGUCUCAUCUUUGGAACUUGCGCGAUUACCGCAUAUGUCUAAAGAAAAAUUCAUUCCAUGUAUUGUCUAUAUACAUCAGAUAGGCUACUUAAUGUGUAUUUAUGAAGAAAAACUGGAUGACAACAUACUAGAGAAACUUCAGGAUUUUGAAUUUGCUUUCUCUGACGAAGAUGGAGACACCAAGAAGUUUUUCUAUCGCACUGCAAAGACACGGGAACUAGAUAAUCUUCUAGGAGAUAUUUAUCACAAAAUUUUGGACAUGGAGAGAGCAAUUACCAGAGACCUUGUCAUGCAUGUUCUUGAAUUCUCUGUUCCUUUACUCAAAGCUGUAACUUUUGCAGCUGAGCUUGAUUGCUCGUUGUCAUUGGCAUUAGUUGCUCGACAGAACAACUACACAAGGCCCAUUUUGACUUCAGAAAGCAUGCUUGAAAUAAGAAAUGGAAGACAUGUUUUGCAGGAAAUGACAGUUGAUACAUUUAUUCCUAAUGAUACGAAGAUUCUGGAUGAAGGAAGAAUCAAUAUCAUCACUGGGCCUAAUUAUUCUGGAAAAAGUAUCUACGUAAAGCAGGUCGCACUCAUUGUUUUCCUUUCCCAUAUUGGAAGUUUUGUACCCGCGGAUGCAGCCACAGUGGGUUUGACCGAUAGGAUAUUCUGUGCAACGGGAAGCAAGUUUAUGACUGCUGAACAGUCUACAUUUAUGAUUGACCUCCAACAAGUGGGCAUGAUGUUGAGGCAUGCAACUUCAAGGUCCUUAUGUCUAGUGGAUGAAUUCGGAAAAGGAACUCUUUCUGAAGACGGGAUUGGUCUCCUUGGUGGAACCAUAAAUUACUUUGCCUCAUCUGAUAAUCCUCCAAAGGUUAUGCUAUCUACUCACUUAAGUGAGAUAUUUGAAAAUGGCUAUUUACUGGAGUCAAACAAGAUCAAGUAUUACACCAUGAGUGUGCUAAGCCCAGACGACAAAACCACAGAAGUCGAUGACAUUGUAUUUUUAUAUAGGUUGGUUCCUGGACGUGCACUUCUUAGCUACGGAUUACACUGUGCACUACUUGCGGGAGUUCCUGAGGAAGUUAUAAAGAGAGCAGCAUCUGUACUGCUCACAAUUGGAAAUAAUACAAAUAUUGAGAGACUUCUUCAUGAUAGUAUAUCCGCACAGGAUCAGCAGUAUAAGGAGGCUGUGGAGAAGAUUUUAGCUUUCGAUACCUCAAAUGGUGACCUGUCUCUUUUCUUUGAAGAUAUAUUUCCUUCGCAGCUUUACAAUCCUCAGUAGUCGAUAAAAUUGUAUUUUGAUGAUUACACGAACCUAUCAGAAUUUGCUGCUUCCAUAUUGUAUUGAAAAUAAAUAAACAUUCUUUGCAUAUACACACAAAGCAAAUGCAGAAAACUAACUACUAAUCCAAGAA